AUGGAUUUCUCUACUUGGGAGACGGUCGACGUAAAGAGCAUUGCCUCUUUCAAGAGCGUAAUUACUCUGGUCGGAGUCUGGUUCUUCUAUCGUGUACUUGUAGCUCUAUACAACAUCUCACCCUUCCACCCCCUGUCUCGUUUCCCUGGGCCUAAAGUUGCCGCUGCCAGCUAUCUCUAUGAGGCCUACUACGACUGGUGGCGAGUAGGACGAUAUGGAAAGGUUAUCCGCGAUAUGCAUGAACGUUACGGCCCAAUUGUCAGAAUUAAUCCCGACGAACUUCACUGUUCAGACCCGUACUUCACCGACGAAAUUUACGCGGGUCCUGGCCGUGUUCGCGACAAAUGGCAGCAUCAACUCAACACUGGAGGCGCUGGUCCAGUCUCAGUAACAGGUUUCUCAACAGUCAACCAUGAAGUCCACCGAAUGAGGAAAGGAGCCUUGUCCAAGUAUUUUUCCCGCUCACAAAUGCUCAAACUGGAGGGUGAAGUUCAAGACUUUGCACAAAUGACAGUAGACAAGAUGCUAAAAUAUGCUGGUGGCGAGCCUUUUGAUGUCAAGGAAGCUUUUAACUGUUUCACCGCCGAUAUUAUCUCGCAGUAUGCCUUUGGUGAAUCUAUGGGCUUCAUCGCUCAAGAAGGGUGGGAGCCUAAUCUGGCUACUUGGGUCAAGUCUUUCUUCCAGAGCGCAUACAUGAUGAGGCACAACGUUUUUGCGAGAAAGAUGGCCCAGGUUCUUCCCUUUUUGUCCGAUUACCUUGGCGAGGAUAUCAAGGCUGUUAUGCGACAAAUGAACGUGGUGAUUCCUGGAUAUAUCAAGGCUGCAUUGAAGAAUCCUGACGGUGGACGCGUGUUUGCUCAAGUUGUUGAGUCGAAGACGCUGCCAGAAUCGGAAAAGUCUUUGUAUAGAUUAUCAGGUGAGGGAUUCAAUUUUCUGCUCGCUGGUACUGAAACCACUGCUGCCACACUCACUGUUAUUACAUACUUCCUUCUUGACAAGCCUGAGAUUUACAAGCGUCUCAUGGCUGAUCUAGAUGGCAUCGAUCCGGAGAACCUUAAGUGGACAGACCUUGAACAACGCCCAUACCUUUGGGCUGUCAUCCACGAAGCUCUACGCGUUAUGCCCGGUGUAUCUCAUCGAUCUGCCCGAAUCGCCCGGGAAGAGGACCUCGUCUACCAGAGCAAAGACGGUAACACCAGUUGGGUCAUUCCCAGAGGUACACCCAUUGGAAUGACCUCUAUGAUCAAUCACUGGAACGAGGAGCUUUUCCCUCAACCCGAUGAAUUUUUACCAGAGCGCUGGUUGGAUAAUGGAAAGCCGAAUUACAAGCUGCAAAAGUUCUUGAUUUCGUUUGGAAAGGGAAGCCGCGCUUGCAUUGGCGAGAAUCUCGCCUACUGUGAGGUAUACAUCAUGGCGGCUCUGAUGGCUUUCCGGGUUAUUCCACGAGCUCGUCUUUACGAGACAACUAUUGAGGAUCUCACAUAUGAUCAUGAUCUGAUUGUGCUUCAAACCAAGAAGGGAUCUAUUUCUGUCCGUAUCGCUAUUUCAUAA